AUGACGGAAUAUCAAGCGAAUCUAAUUGAUUCCACGUCCACAAAGGUCCCAAUCAUACUAGAUAAGCCCGAUGAUUGGUGGACAUGGAUUGGAUACAUCGAAUCGAUCGCGAAGAAAUGGAAUAUAUGGAAAUAUCUCGAUCCGGAAGAUGAGAUGAAUCAAGAUGACGAGCCGAAGGAGCCAGUUAAACCGGUCCCUGCAAAGCAAUAUGGAUCUAUGAAUCUAAUGGAGCAAUUUGAUUGGACCCAGACGCGGAAAGACUAUAAAGACGCCCGACAUCUCUAUGAGAAGAAAUCGGCCGGAAUGAUGAAUAUCUGGAAUACCAUCCAAUCAACGGUCAGCCUGAAGCAUUGGCAUAUCUUGAAAGACAAGAAACUAUCCGAACGGAAGUGCCUAGUCAAGCUAAAGAAGAAGCUUAAACCAUCGCAGCAAUCGCGUAUUGCAAGCCUCAAGCUCUGA